UGAUACAUUAGGCGGAAAACGCGGAAGUGUUUUCUUGUUCCCUUCGAGCCCCCGUAGAACAAACCUGCUACUCUGUUUGGGGACAAUUAAGCAGCUAAGUUACUCCCUGACGCUGUAACGCAUUUUACAGGACUAUUGCCAGAGCUCGUGUGAUGACUCAAAGAUGACCUGCAGCUCAUGACCGACUAACACUGUCACUUCUAGCAGCUCAAAUUAAAGGUUCCACACAGGGUGACCCAUGCUUUCUGAUGAGCUCGACUCCAAACCAGAGCUGCUGGUGCAGUUUGUGCAGAACGCGUCCAUCCCGCUGGUUCAGGGUCUGGAGGACUCGGAGUCCAAACACUCCUGCCUGCCUCUGCUGGCUCCAGCUGAGAGCUCCCUGUGCAGCCCUCUGGAGCUCACAGACGGAGGCCUGAGCCAUGAGCCCCAGAGUUCUCCCUCCCUGUCCGAGUUCGGAGGAGUGUCCGAUCAAAGCACGCUGGUGGUCCAGACUCACUCCCACCAACGGGCCACACCGAGCCCCCCGCCCAUCCUCCACGACCUGCAGCAGUCCGACAGCACCUCCUACGUCCUGCUGAACCUCGCAAAAGGCAUCACGGCCUCCUCAGAGUCCCUGAUCUUCGCCGCAGACGGCGCCGGGGACGACGACGACGAGGGCGUCUCAUCGGGGGACUAUGGGAUAGAUGGCAGCGCUCCCUGGUAUUUACGGGUUCAGGAGUUGGCACACGACAGCCUGAUCGCCGCCACACGGGCACAACUCGCCAGAGACGCCAAGGCCAGCCAGGAUGCCAGAGCUACAAGUGUCAGUGACCACACACACAGCCUGAUAGCGGACGGGGACAAGCGGGAGCUGCCGUCUCGAACCAGCCGCCCACUCUCCAAGCAGAUCCUGCGCUGCUCGUUUGAGGGCUGCUGCAGGACGUUCACCUGGCCGGCUCAUCUGAAAUACCACCUCAAAACACACAGGAACGACCGAAUGUUCAGGUGCGGCGCCGAGGGCUGCGGGAAGAGUUUCUACGUGCUGCAGAGGCUGCAGGUUCACAUGAGGACGCACAACGGUGAGAAGCCCUUCAUCUGCAAGGAGAAGAACUGCGGCAAGAAGUUCACCACCGCCGGAAACCUGAAGAACCACCGGCGCAUUCACACAGGAGAGAAGCCUUUUCUGUGCGAAGCAGAUGGUUGUGGGCGAUCGUUUGCAGAGUAUUCCAGUCUACGAAAACACAUGCUCGUGCAUUCUGGUGAGAAGCCUCAUCUGUGCGGGAUCUGUGGCAAGACUUUCUCUCAGUCCGGCAGCAGGAAUGUCCACAUGAGGAAGCGGCACGGAGAGGAGGGGCUCAGCAGCGAAAGCAGAGAAACAGGAGAAGCUCUGACACAAAGCAGCCUGCUGGAGGCCGACGGUGAGAACGGCGACAGUAUGGUCACUAUGACGACGACGGUGGAACCCAUGACUAUCCAUCACGCCAUGCUGAGGUCACCAGGUUCUGCAGACUCGGUGGUUGUCCUCUCACAGCCACAUGAACUGGUGACCAUGACAACAGACGGCCAUGCGUAUGGAGAAGAUGUGGUCGCGCUGCUGUAGUCGGCCGUUACGACAAACAUCACACACACUGGCUGUUUGCGCAGCAUUGGACUCAAACAUAGACAUCUAUUUGUAAAAAGAUGAAUCACAGACUCUAACCCUUGUAGAUAUUUGUAAUUAGCAACUAAUGAUGGUUUUAUUUUGACAAGUGUGAAGUGGCAAAGUUUGUACAAAACAACAUUUUUCCUCAAGUUUUUUCAAAACAAAUGCUCCCAAAGAAAUACUGAGACGGGUUUUGUGAGACUCUGAUGAUCAGGAAUUGUUCUGUGUAUUUAUCAUUGUAAACAGAAAAGUCUGAGGUUGAAAUGGAGCGAUAGAGAGGAACAAUCCAAAAGCUCAGUAGCCAUGUUUCCAUAGAAGUGUAAAGUGAACUUAAAAAAGGAAAAUGCAAAUUAAUGAACUGCUUUGGAGUUAAUAAACUAGGCUUGGUAGUGUCUUCAGAAGGAGGUGGAAUAAGCUACAUGAUUUGAUACACGGAGGAUAAAAAGCUGGAAACAAAACUUUGGCAUCUUUGGGUCAAAAAUGAGUCUUCCAGGACUUUAAGAAUUGUUGUCAAUUAGGUACAAUAGUAUUUAAUCUUUCAUGUCAGCUGUCCUGAGAUUAAAAAAACAAAAAAACAAAAAAGAUGCUGAAUACCUGAUGAGUCACGUGAGAGCCUUUUCAGAAUAAAGUCAAAGCCAUCUCAAGUAGGCGUAAAAUUUGUUCUUCAGCAACUUUUUUUUAGACAUUUGCCACUAACUUUAUCUAAUGCAAUGCUCCAAAAUGUGUCAUGAAAACAUGGCUAGUGGCUGAUUUAUCACAUUUAAACGUACCAGACACAUGGAAACCCGUUAUCCUUAUUGCUAAAAACGUUGACAUUAAAAGCCGCUACAGCUCAGUAUAUCCCAUCGCUGCAUGUAAACAACUGGCGGCGAACAGCUUAACAAGCCAGGCCACCCUGGAAAACAUGUCAAACAAAUUGUGUAUCCGGUAACUCUGAGUCUUACUGGUAUCAUCUUUCAUUCGGUCUCCAGUGCUUCACUUGUUUUCUGAGUGAGGCGACGCAUCGCUCAUUUACAGCUCAGCAUAUUAGCACUUGAGAAUAAAAGAAAUUAAGAAUCACUCACGAGGUUAGCUCUGCCUUUCUGAAACAAACAGCAGAUGCCUGGAGCUGUUAGAUAAGGUAGUGCGCAUUACUUGUCUUUGUUAGUGAGCGCCGCCUUAGUCGGCGUCUCAUCACCAGUGUCUGUUCCUUGCUGCUCCUCAGUGGAUCUUCAGGUUGUGGAAGUGGUCCAGCGUCGCGCCCAGAGCCCAGCUAGCCUCCACGUUGUUCACCUUCUUGGUCAGCUAGGAGGAGGAAAUAAAUCACCAAAUCACUGAAAUGACUUUUGUAUUUACAGAAAUAAAAAAAGUAACUGGA